GCAUUCCAGAGUACUGGAGCCCGAACAGAAAACGCUCUAUAGCCCGCAGACUUUUUUUGGGCUCUAGGAAUCACUAAUAAGCCGGAGUCUUUUGAACGCAGAUUCAGUUGCAACCUGUAAGACAUUUUUAUUUUUCCAUAUACCGUAAACAUGUUAUAUUAUGUUUUUUCCAUCAAAACCAAAUGAAUUCAAGUAUUUCCCUUUGAAAUAGUUGCAACCUGUAAGACAUUAUUUUAACCCUUAGGAAGUCCUGGGACCUUUCCAUUUCCUUUCGCUUAUCUGAGGUCGGGUCACGGGGGCAGCAGCCUAAGUAGAGAAGCCCAGACUUCCCUCUCCCCAGCCACUUCGUCCAGCUCCUCCCUGGGGAUCCUGAGGCGUUCCCAGGCCAGCCGGGAGAGUUAGUCUUCCCAACGUGUCCUGGGUCUUCCCCGUGGCCUCCUGCCGGUCGGACGUGCCCUAAACGCCUCUCUAGGGAGGUGUUCGGAUGGCAUCCUGACCAGAUGCCCGAACCACCUCAUCUGGCUCCUCUCGAUGUGGAGAAGCAGCGGCUUUACUCUGAGCUCCUCCCGGAUGACAGAGCUUGUCACCCUGUCUCUAAGGUUGAGACCCGCCACGCGGUGUAGGAAGCUCAUUUCGGCCGCUUGUACCCGUGAUCUUGUCCUUUCGAUCAUAACCCAAAGUUCCUGACCAUAGGCGAGGAUGGGAACGUAGAUCGACCGGUAUAUUGACCACAACGGAUCGAUAAAGCGUCCGCAUUUCUGAAUAGGCCGCACCGAUCCGCCUGUCGAUCUCACAAUCCACUCUUCCCUCACUCGUGAACAAGACCGCGACGUACUUGAACUCCUCCACUUGGGGCAGGGUCUCCUCCCCAACUUGGAGAUGGCAAUCCACCUUUUCCCAUGGACUUGAAGGUGCUGAUUCUCAUCCCGGUCGCCUCACACUCCGUGAGAGCUGAAGAUCCUGGCUGGUUGAAGACAUCAGGACCACAUCUUUUGCAAAAAGCAGAGACCUAAUCCUGCAGCCACCAAACUGGAUCCCCUCAACGCCUAGAAAUUCUGUCCAUAAACGUUCUGGUCAGAAUCUGUGACAAGGAGCAGCCUUGGCGCGGUCCAACCCUCACUGGAAACGGCUCCGACUUACCUCCGGCGAUGCGGACUAAGCUCUGACACUGAUCAUACAGGGAGCGGACCGCCACAAUCAUACAGUCCGAUACCUCAUACUCUGAGCACUCCCCACAGGACUUUGCGGGGGAUCCGGUCGAAUGCCUUCUCCAAGGCCACAAAGCACAUGCACCCUCAAGGACCCUGCUGAGGGUAUAGAGCUGGUCUACCAUUCAACGACCAGGACGAAAACCACACUGUUCCUCCUGGAUCCAAGGUUAGACAAUCCGGUAUAGCCUCCUCUCCAGUACACCUGAAUAGACCUUACCGGGAAGGCUGACUGUAUGGAACAGUUAAAAAAAAACUUUCAAAAUGCUACGUAAUGUUCAGUUGAGGGUUAAAAGUCCAAUUAUUUCAUCCAUGUCUUAAUUUUCAACGAUCAUUGAACUGAAUUGUGUUGCUUUAACUCAAUGAAGUUGUCUUUCAGGGCUGCAGUACACCUUUUAGUCCACAUGGUCGCGCUACGGUUUCAGAGUUGGGCCUUACCAUGGCGACCUGUAGUCACGUGAGAGAAUUUUGACCAAUCAUUUCAGGGAUAGUCUGGCCUCUCUCUGAUUGGUCAAAAGCCUCUCACGUGACUACAGAGCGCCAUGUUUCGGACCAAGUUGUCCAGUCUCUUAUAUGUGUGUUUUCGCAAUGCAUCCCGGGAAAUGUAGGCAUAUUUUAAAGGACGGCGGAAAUGAAGUCAGCCGCCACAUGUAUCCCCCAGAAGGUGUCUUGACGCCAGUGUCUCGGGGGAGUCGACGGCAGCUUUAUGGACGACACAAGCUCAGCUUUUCUCCGUCCGCGACGGCCACCUGCCAGGCUCGAGUCGCGCAUGCGCUGAGCCGUCGACUCGGCGCGUCUGGUGUGCCCGCGCGGCGGUGCGCCCAGUGCGCGUCCACCAGUGGGAGAGUCAGAGUCACUUCCGCUACCAUGGUCUUCUCUCCCGGCAAGCGCGCCCACACAGCUGCAGCACCCCAGCCUCGGCAGCAUGCCGGGCGGCAAGAGAGGCCUGGUGGCGCCGCAGAACACUUUCCUGGAGAACAUCGUCCGCAGGUCCACUGAGACCAGCUUCUUGCUGGGCAACGCUCAGAUUGUGGAGUGGCCCGUGGUCUACAGCAAUGACGGAUUCUGCAAAUUGUCUGGAUUUCACCGAGCCGAUGUGAUGCAGAAGAGCAGCACCUGCAGUUUUAUGUACGGGGAACUGACGGACAAGAAGACCACCGACAAAGUGCGGCAGACCUUCGACAACUAUGAGUCCAACUGCUUCGAGAUCCUCCUGUACAGGAAAAACCGAAGUCCGGUGUGGUUCUACAUGCAAGUGGCUCCCAUCAGGAACGAGAACGACAAGGUGGUCCUGUUCCUGUGCACUUUCAAGGACAUCACGCUCUUCAAGCAGCCCAUCGAGGACGAAACAACCAAAGGUUGGACCAAGUUCGCGCGGCUGACCCGGGCGCUGACCCAGAACCGCACCGCGCUGCAACAACUACCGCCCAUCAGCAAGCAUGAAGUCAGCCAUAAGCAGUCCAGACUGGCCGAGGUGAGCAUGGCUUGGGUCCUGCAGCUCAACUCGGACAUCCUCCCUCAGUACAAGCAGGAGGCCCCCAAGACGCCGCCCCACAUCAUCCUGCACUACUGCACCUUCAAGACCACCUGGGACUGGGUCAUCCUCAUCCUCACCUUCUACACGGCCAUCAUGGUGCCCUACAACGUCUCCUUCAAGACCAAGCAGAACAACAUCGCCUGGCUGGUGCUGGACAGCGUGGUGGACGUCAUCUUUCUGGUGGACAUCGUCCUCAACUUCCACACCACCUUCGUGGGGCCCGGCGGUGAGGUCAUCUCCGACCCCAAGCUGAUCCGCAUGAACUACCUGAAGACCUGGUUUGUCAUCGACCUGCUGUCCUGCCUCCCCUAUGACAUCAUCAACGCCUUCGAGAACGUCGACGAGGGUAUCAGCAGCCUGUUCAGCUCCCUGAAGGUGGUCCGUUUGUUGCGUUUGGGCCGGGUGGCCCGGAAACUGGACCACUACCUGGAGUAUGGAGCUGCUGUUCUAGUUCUCCUGGUCUGCGUCUUUGGACUGGUGGCCCACUGGCUGGCUUGCAUCUGGUACAGCAUCGGAGACUACGAGGUCAUCGACGAGGCCACCAACACCAUUAAGAUGGACAGCUGGCUGUACCAGCUGGCCAUCAACAUCGGGUCGCCGUACCGCUACAACGCCAGCGGUUCUGGCCGAUGGGAGGGCGGUCCCGGCAAGGAUUCUCUCUACAUCACCUCGCUUUACUUCACCAUGACCAGCUUGACCACCAUCGGCUUCGGGAACAUCGCUCCCACCACAGAUGGGGAGAAGAUCUUCUCGGUGGCUAUGAUGAUGGUGGGAUCCCUGCUCUACGCCACCAUCUUCGGCAACGUGACCACCAUCUUCCAGCAGAUGUACGCCAACACCAACCGCUACCACGAGAUGCUCAACAACGUGCGCGACUUCCUCAAGCUCUACCAGGUGCCCAAGGGCCUGAGCGAGCGCGUCAUGGACUACAUCGUCUCCACCUGGUCCAUGUCCAAAGGCAUCGACACGGAAAAGGUGCUCUCCAUCUGUCCCAAGGACAUGCGGGCUGACAUCUGUGUCCACCUCAACCGCAAGGUCUUCAACGAGCACCCGGCCUUCCGUCUGGCGAGCGAUGGCUGCCUGCGCUCUCUGGCGGUGGAGUUUCAGACCACGCACUGUGCCCCGGGCGACCUCAUCUUCCACGCCGGCGAGAGCGUGGACACUCUGUGUUUCGUGGUGUCCGGGUCGCUGGAGGUCAUCCAAGACGACGAGGUCAUCGCCAUCUUAGGCAAAGGCGACGUGUUCGGCGACGUCUUCUGGAAGGAAACCACGCUGGCUCACGCCUGCGCCAACGUGCGGGCGCUGACUUACUGCGACCUGCACGUCAUCAAGAGGGAGGCGCUGCUCAAGGUGUUGGACUUCUACACGGCCUUCGCCAACUCCUUCUCCAGGAACCUCAUCCUCACCUGCAACCUGCGCAAGAGGAUCAUCUUCCGAAAGAUCAGCGACGUGAAAAAGGAGGAGGAGGAGCGCCAGCGAGCCAAGAACGAGGUGCAGCUCACCAUCCCUCAGGAUCAUCCCGUCCGCAAGCUCUUCCAGAAGUUCAAACAGCAGAAGGAGCUGCGGAACCAUGGCUGCGGCGGCGCCGCCUCCUCGCAGUCUGACGUGGACAAGAACCAGCACCUGCACGCUCACGGCCUGCAGCUGGGCCACUCCAGCCUGCAGCGAGCACACCUACAAAACGGAGCUCCGCCCAGCAGCAGCGUGCUCACCGUGUCUCAGGUGGUCUACAGCGAGACCCCCGCCAAACAGAACGAUGCGCUGGACCUGCGGCCUGCUGAGCAGAGCGUCAGCUUAAAGGUGUGCACCAGCCCCCCGCCCGCGCACACAACGCUCAGGACCAGCGGCUGGAUGCGUCUGAAAAGCAACGUGGCGCCCCCUGAGGCCCGCCGUCUCGACGGGCUGAACAACAAGGCUGUUUCCGUGGAGAUGCUCUCCCAGGAGGUCAAGGUUCAGGAGAGAGGGCAGGGUGGUGAUAUUGAGGAAGGGGGCGUGUCCGGCGCCAACCCGCUACGUAAGACGGACUCGUGCGACAGCGGCAUCACCAAAAGCGAGCUCCGCAUCGACCGGGCCGGAGAGGCGCGCACCCCCGCAGCCACCACCCCCUUCCUGCGCAGUCCGCCCUCGGCGACAUCCCCUCACCCCUUCUGCCCUAUACCCGAGCAAGCCCUGCAGGCGGCGUUGCACGAGACUCGGCUGGAGCUCCGGGAGGACAUCCACGGUGUGUGCGGCCGCCUGGGGGCGUUGGAGGGUCAGGUGGCCGAGAUCAUCACACUUCUGUCGGACAAGCGCCGGUCGUCUAUGACGCCGCCCAUCGACCCGGCCCCCACCCCCAAGACCAAAAUACAUCGGCAGGACAUUUUUACCGUUUCCAGGCCCGUCUCGCCUGACUCUGCAGACAGCUGAGUCAGAUCCAGAACCUCUUGCUCUCCUUGGUCUACUCACGUCGCUGCUCGAAACGUUAGCAUUUGCACACUGAUUGUACAUACCCGUCUUUGCACGUCCAGCUGGGUUCUGGCCACACACACUCAGUGCAUGCAGAGGAACAUCUUCUUGUCCGGGCGGGCAUUCAGGGUCUAGUAGCACCACCAAGACUUAAGGAGCAUGUCCAAAGUCUGCUUUCCUCUCUUUGCCUGCGAUGUGAAACACUCCCAACAAGCAACUGUAAAAUUGAAGUCUCUUUUGUACAUUGAUUAAUAAUCGUCUCUAUUUUUGAUGUCCACUCCUCAAAGCUUGUUCGGUUCGUGUCCGCUCACACCGAGCAGCGAAAGUGUCUAGCAACCAAGUUUGGACUUCACACAACUGAUAGCUAGUACGUUAUUUUUAUAUACAGUUCUAGAGUUGAACACAGCAUUAAGUACGAGUCAUUGAAGUAUCCUUCGCUGCUCUGUAGUGGGCUGUCAUUGAUCUCAAAGCUUUGAUUAGGAGCACCUCAAGGCUCCGGUUUAGAGCCCCUUUUGUAGUUCUUCUACUUGAUAUAUAUAUUUAUAGCUUACAUGCACGCUCUAUGAGAUUAAAUGUUUGGCUUACCUCCA